CAGAAAUAACAAGGCCAAAGUCAUAUCUACAUUAUAUGAAAACAUCAAUUGCUCUUGAUUGUAAUGAAGUCUCAUUAAAAGUCAAGGUUUCCAGUUCAACGAAUGAUUCAUACAAGGGAGUAUUGUGAGUGUGCAAGCCCUCUAAAAGGGCAUUCGUAGCUGUUAAUAUUCCUUUAUCCCGCCUAAUUACAGUCAUGUGCUAUUACAGACUUAAAAGGUGACUGAGUGUAGCGUUUGGCAUUGGUGGUUAUUCAAUGUGCUCAGAUCACAUGGACUGUCUCUCCCACAGGAAAUGACAUCAUUCAGGAUAUCUCAGCCUGUUUUGUUCCCCCGCACGACUGAUAAGCUUUCCUCACAAAAAUAAUAACAAUAAUAAACCAAUCUUGGUGUUUGAAACAUAUAGCACCAUUCAUACAGUCUUCCUUGCCCUUGUUUUUUCCCCCUCAUAAUGACCUAAAACAUCAUAUGUCUGUGUUGGUUCUCAGUCGUCCAGGACAUGAUAAUCUUAAGGGCUUGAAUCGAAUGCAACUGGCCAUCUUUUUCAAUUUCUUGAAGACGUUCCACCUCUCAUCCGAAAGGCUUCUUCAGUUCUAAAAGUCUGAUGAGGAGUUCCAGGUAUUUAUCCUCUAAAAAGCCAGAUCUCAUUAUUGAUAUGAAAUGACCUUAUCUAUCCCACAAGUCAAUGUCUAUUUGCCAUAGCGGUGUUAGUAUCACAUAUUAAGGUGCUGCAUUGUGUUCCGCUAUUCAGGAGGGUUUAUGGGGAGACAGGUGCAGGGGAACAACAACAAGGAGUAGCCACUCGUCCUGCAGGUGAGACUGUGCUGCUGGGUAUAAAGGUCGGGGCAGGGGGGGGGGGUGGUGGUUAGGAAUAUAUAAGAAAAAAAUCUGUGGCGGAUGGUGGGGGCUGCAAAGACACAGUUGUUUACAUCAAACUGAGGACAAAUUGUUCAGACACAUGGUGGGUGGAGCUGUGGCAUGAAGAAGCGCCCAGCGUGUUCGAGAGGUCCGGCUGGAGUUGCAGAAUGGAGACCCCCACUUGGGCUCUACAGACCGCCGUAGCGCCUCUUAGGAUGCUCCCUCUCCUGGCACUGGUGGCAGGCUGUGGGAGGCGUCACUGUGUGGGCAGAAUUGCAGUCACAGGCCAAGGUUCUAUAAGGGACUUUGGGGCCUGGCUACGUACCCAGUGGCAAAUCUCCACCCGGGACACCAGGCUGAGAAAGGAAGGUACCUCUCACCCAUUCAGAGGUUUGGCCCAAAAACAACUACUCUACUGCCGUGUUGGCAUUGGCUAUCACUUACAAAUCCUACCCAAUGGCAACAUUGGGGGCGUGCAUGAGCCCACGGAGUACUGUUGGCUGAAGGUGUUCUCCAUGCAGUGGGGUGUGGUGGGAAUUAAAGGACUGAAAAGCAAUCUCUACCUGUGUAUGUCCAGUGCAGGGAUUGCCUGGGGAUCGGAGCAUUUCAUGGCUGAAUGCCUGUUCAGGGAGGACAUGGAGGAGGACCAUUAUACCACCUACGCCUCAGCCUCCCACCCGGGCCUUUACCUGGCCCUGUCCCACAAUGGCCAGGCCAAGAGGGGAAACACUGUGCAGAAAGAGAAUCCCUGUGCCCACUUCCUGCCCCGCCUCCAAACAUGACUCUGUCUGAGUCAAAUCCUGCCUGCCUCUGUGGCUGAAGACUAGUCUCCAUGGAAACACCAGAA